AAUUCCAUGAACCUGCCCCCGGACAAGAUGAAGCUGCUCAACCAGUACGACAACGAGAAGAAGUGGGAGCUGAUCUGUGACCAGGAGCGUUUCCAGGUGAAGAACCCUCCAUCCGCCUACAUCCAGAAGCUGAAGAGCUACUUGGACACGGGUGGGGUCAGCAGGAAGUUCAAGAGGAGGGUGCAGGAGUCCACACAGGUGCUGCGGGAGCUGGAGAUCUCCCUGAGGACCAACUACAUCGGAUGGGUCCAGGAGUUCCUCAACGAGGAGAACAAGGGGCUGGACGUGCUGCUGGAGUACCUUGCCUUCGCCCAGUGCUCCGUCGCGUACGACAUGGAGAGCUCGGAGAACAGCCCCGGCUCUGACAAGGGCAAGGAGAGGUCUCUGGAGGACCUGAACAGGAGCAGCUCCUCGUCCCCCACGCAGGGCUCCUCCAAGCCGCGGCCCCUCACUGUAAGUCUGGCUUCAGCCUGGUGAUGAACCACCCGGCCUGCGUCAACGAGAUCACCCUGAGCCUCAACAACAAGAGCGCCAGGACCAAGGCUCUGGUGCUGGAGCUGCUGGCCGCUGUCUGCCUGGUCCGAGGGGGACACGACAUCAUCCUGGCUGCCUUUGACAACUUCAAGGAGGUCUGCGGGGAGAAGAAUCGCUUCGAGAAGCUGAUGGAGUAUUUCAGAAAUGAGGACUCCAACAUUGACUUCAUGGUGAGUGGCUGCUGGGACCACCCUCUGCUGUCCCCAGGGUAUCCUGUCCCCAAGGCUGCUGUGCUGUCCCCAGGCCAUCAUGCCCCAAGAGAUCCUAAGCCACCACACUCCCUGUCCAAGGAUGCUGAAGACAAAGGGCAGUGGGAGCCAGGCACGGACAGACAGAUGGAUGCAGAGAGCAGCUGUGGGGAUGGAGAGAUACAGGAACCAGCCAGGAAAGGAAGGGAUGUGGGGACCAAAGACAGAGAGAUGGAGGGAUCUGUAUGGAGAGACAGAGAGAUGCAGGAUCCAGAUACAGAAAGAUGGAGGGAUGCAGGAGCCAGCUGUGGGGACAGAGGGACAAUGGAACAGCUCAGGGUGACAGGGGAUCUUGGGGACCUGCAGCAGGGCCUGACAGCGCCGGGGGUGUCCCUUCCAUGCAGGUACGACCAGCAAGCCCUGAGCCUCGACUUCCUGGAGCUGCUGCUGCGCUUCCUGCCCACCGAGUACGAGCGCAGCCUCAUCGGGAAGUUCGAGCGGGAGCAGCAGGCGCCGGAGGAGCUGUCGGACGAGGAUCAGUUCAUGGUGCGCUUCAGCAAGAUCCCGCGGCUGGCCGAGCGCAUGAACGUCAUGAUCUUCCUGGGCAGCUUCGGGGACACGGCCCAGCUGCUGAUGCCGCAACUCAACGCCAUCAUCGCCGCCUCCAUGUCCCUCAAGUCCUCCAGCAAACUGCGGCACAUCCUCGAGAUUGUCCUGGCCUUCGGGAAUUACAUGAACAGCAGCAAGAGAGGAGCUGCCUAUGGAUUCCGUCUGCAGAGCCUUGACGCGGUAGGGACGGUGUGGGUGCCAUGGUGUGGGGUGAUGGGGGCACUGCCACUGCCAGGGACACCCCUGGGGACAGAGAAAACUGCCAGGGACACCCCUGGGGACAGAGGGACACAAGGAGCAGCUGCAGAGAUGGAGGGACACAGGAAUCUGCUGUGGGGACUGAGGGAUGUGAGCACCAGCAGUAGGGAUGGAGGGAUAUGGGGUUUGGCUGCGGGGACAGGUGUUGGGAUGGAGAGGAAAAGGGAUGGAGAUACACUGGAAUGCCUGCAGCAGGGCAUGGAGCUGACCCGCAGGGAGUUCAUGCGGCAGGACGACAGCCCCGUGCUCAAGGACUUCCUCAAGGUCAACUCCGAGGUGAUGGAGAAGCUGCAGGCUGACAGCAAAACCGCCAAGGAAGCCUAUGAGUCAGCUGUGGAAUAUUUCGGGGAGAACCCCAAGACCAGUCCCCCCACCACCUUCUUCCCCAUGUUCAUGCGCUUCAUCAAAGCCUACAAGAAAGCAGAGCAGGACAUUGAGCUGUGGAAGAAGCAGGAGGCUGCAGCCAAGGAGGCAGAAUCCGGCUCCCCUGGCAGCGAGCAGCAGCCUGAGCUGCCUGUCCAGAAGGCCAGGAGGCAGCAGAUGGACAUGAUAGCUGAGCUGAAGAAGAGGCAGAUGGUGAAGGAGCCGCUCAUCUACGAAGGCAAAGAUGGGGCCAUCGAGGAUAUAAUUUCAGCUCUCAAAACUGUUCCUUUCACGGCCCGGACGGGCAAACGCUCGUCCCGGCUCUUCUGCGACGUGAGCUUCAACGAGGAGAGUCCUCUGUAGGUAACGUGGGGCGGCGCGGG